CUACGAUUUUUGGUCUUUCAAUUGAAAUUAUUGGUAAGCAUGGCCCCACGAAACUUAUCGCUUAAAUUGUGUACUUGUUUUACGCUGAUCUGCGCUCUUCUGCUCAUAUACCGUUUAAAUCUUGAGGUAUAUGAGGUAUGGCAGACCCUCUCAACGCGAACGUACGUGGAGAUCCCACAACAUCUUGAGAGGAAGGUGCAGGAAUUCGUGGAUCACCACGAGCAGGAGAAGCCAAAGGUGGAAGAGAAGAUAGACAAGGAAGAGAAACUCGAAAAGGAAGAGAAAAUCGACGAUGAGCCAUCCUCUGGCCUCCCCUGGUUCUUCAAGAAGGGCAAAUACUAUCCCCCACCGUCAAGGGCCUACAAUAAUCACAGCCUACAGAAUCAGAGGGAUGCACCCAAGCUGCUGCCGCAUCAGGACCCACAUAAGGACCGCAUUGUCAACCAGCUGAUGUACGUGCCCCACGACUACGCGAAGAUCAAAGCCAGCGGCAGGCUGAAAACCAUUCUCCUCUACAACGGACGGCGGACGUGGAAUGUGAAGAAGGGCCGCGAUCUGUUCCUGAAAGACAAGUGCCCGGUGGAUACGUGCGAAGUAACCGACGAUAUGGGCCUAGCCCAUACAGCCGACAUGAUCCUCUAUAAGAACCUCUACGUCCCCACGAAAAAACUCAGUUCCGCGCGUGAGAUCCGUGCCAAAAACACCAAGCAAAUCAAGAUGCUCUACUUUCUCGAGUCUCCCGUUUACACACAGAACACAAAGGUGCCCACCGGCAUCAACUGGACGGCCACCUACAGACGCGACAGCACCAUCGUGACGCCCUACUCGAAGUGGGUCUACUUCGACGCCAAGGUCCAGCAGAAGAAGCAGGACCGGAACUAUGCGGCGAACAGAACCAAGAAGGUGGCCUGGUUCGUGUCCAAUUGCAAUACCGAAAAUGGCCGACUCAAAUAUGCCCUGGAGCUGCAAAAGUACAUCGAGGUGGACAUUUACGGCUUCUGUGGCAAGCUGAAGUGCGAUCGUUUCAAUCCAGAAAAAUGCUUCAAGCUACUCGAAAACAAUUACAAGUUCUACCUGGCCUUCGAGAACUCCAACUGCAGGGACUACAUCACGGAGAAAUACCAUCAGAAUGCCCUGAAUCGAGGGGUGCUGCCCAUUGUGAUGGGUGCCCGGCCCGGGGACUACAAGGAACUGGCGCCGCUUAACUCCUACAUACACGUGGAUGACUUUGCCUCGCCGAAAGAGUUGGCCGAUUACCUGAAAGUGCUCGAUGAUGACGACGAUCUGUACAACUCGUUUUUCCAGUGGAAGGGCACGGGGGAGUUCAUCAACACGCACUUCUGGUGCCGCGUCUGUGCCAUGCUGCACAACGAGGAGCAGCUCCGAGAGCCGCACUUUUACAGCGACUACAACCAUUGGUGGCGUGGCCCGGGGGUUUGCUCUCCCGUCUCCUGGCGGAGCAAGACCUUAUUUGAGUUUAAUUAAAGUAGAAGCAGGCUCAAAAGAGUGUUCACACCACGACA